UUUACUAUACACUUGGUUAUAGUUAUACCAGACAAAAACAGCAAUUAGAAUCUGAAUCCCUCCCUCUCAAUUUCAAUCUCAUUUUCUCAGCCUUUUUAUAUAAAAGCUUCGCCCUUCAAUUUUGACCGCCCCUUUCUUUCCUUUCCCUACACUUCCAUGGCAUCCAGUCUUGCAGAUUCCUUCUUCUUAUCCAAGGGAACUCAUCAAAGUCUCAUUCAGCCCACCCCAUUUUGUUCCUCUGGCAUAUCUUGCACAAAAUGGCAAAAACCAUGCCUAAAGAAGCUAGGCCACAUGAGACUCAACCAACAAUGGAAGUGUAUAAGAAGAAGGUCAAACUUGGUGCAGGCUGUAGCAGUGCCAGUUGUACCACCGCCGUCCCCAUCUCCCCCAACAGAUAACACACAAGACCUGAAACAGUUAGCAGAGAGCUAUGGUUUUCAGCAAAUCGGGGAGCCACUCCCAGAUGAUGUUACACUAAGGGACAUUAUUACCUCCCUUCCUAAGAAGGUGUUUGAGAUUGAUGAUGCAAAAGCAUGUGGAUCAGUUUUAAUAAGUGUGACUUCAUAUGCUUUGGGUGUCUUUAUGAUUGCCAAAGCCCCUUGGUACUUGCUUCCUCUUGCCUGGGCGUGGACAGGCACUGCUAUCACAGGGUUCUUCGUGAUAGGACAUGAUUGUGCUCACAAAUCCUUUUCAAAGAAUAAGCUAGUUGAAGACAUUAUUGGGACUCUUGCAUUUAUGCCACUUAUUUAUCCUUAUGAACCGUGGCGCUUCAAGCAUGAUCAGCAUCAUGCAAAAACUAAUAUGUUGCAUGAAGAUACAGCCUGGCUUCCUGUGAUGAAAGAGGAUAUAGAGUCAGCUCCAGCCUUGCGUAAAGCUUUGAUAUUCGCUUAUGGCCCUCUUCGACCUUGGAUGUCAAUAGCUCACUGGUUCAGGCAGCACUUCGAUGUGAAGAACUUCAGACCGAGUGAAGUAAACCGAGUCAAGAUAAGCUUAGCUGCUGUUUUUGCAUUUAUGGCUAUAGCUUGGCCCUUGAUCAUAUAUAAGACCGGGAUAGUGGGGUGGAUCAAGUUCUGGCUAAUGCCAUGGUUGGGCUACCAUUUUUGGAUGAGUACUUUCACAAUAGUCCAUCAUACAGCGCCUCAUAUUCCGUUUAAGAAUUCAAAAGAGUGGAAUGCAGCGACUGCCCAGCUUAACGGAACUGUACACUGUGACUACCCCCGUUGGAUAGAGGUCUUGUGCCAUGAUAUUAAUGUGCAUAUUCCUCAUCACAUCUCUCCUAAAAUUCCGAGUUAUAAUUUGCGAGCUGCUCAUCAAUCCCUAAAUGAGAACUGGGGAAAGUACCUGAACAAGGCUAUAUGGAAUUGGCGCUUAAUGAGGACAAUUAUGACAACAUGCCAUGUCUAUGAUAAAGAGGAAAAUUAUGUCUCUUUUGAGAAAGUUGUCCCUGAAGAGUCACAGCCAAUAUCAUUCCUUAAAAGAGUGAUGCCUGAUUAUGCUUGAGAUAUCCAUUGUCAGCAUUUGGUCCCUGGUAGGAUCUUGGUAAUCUACUUUCAACCUACCGAAUAUUGGUUCGUGAAUCUGGAAUUCCGGAUGUAGGGUUAAUGACAGUCACGUUCGCUAUGCAGUACGAGCAAAGUGUAAGGUAGCACACAAAGUAUUAUUACGACCAUUGAAGUACAUUCGGUUUUGCAAAAGAGAACUAGUCUCAGCAUUUGCAGAAUAACAAAUUUAGUUAUACAAAUUAGAAAAUGUAACAAUAUAUUUCUGAAAAUAUAUAUUUAUUGAUUGUGGAUCGCGAUU